AUGGCUACCAACACAUCGUCGUCUACAUCUGUGUUCCCUACUUUUCGUCGAAAGUCAGUCAGUAAAGCGGCAGAUGCAGAAGCGAAACAGAAACGGGAAAUAGCUGUGCGGGAGGCAAAACAACAUGUCAGAGAUGUCGUUCGUGCAGACUGGGCUUUUGACGCCCCUUGCACACUUUGGUCAUCGUCACCGACAUCUUCCUCGCUUUUGUCAAAGACGGCAGCUUUAGCAACCGCAACAGCAACGGCAUCGGUUUCGAAUAUCCAAUCUGGCACGGAUGUGCGAGCCAACAUUGUGCAGUGGCGGAUGCGAGAACCGGGGAGCAGCUCCGAAUCUGAUUCAGAGUUGGAUACUCAUGUUCGUAAUGCUUCCGAGUGCGUCAGUGCAAAGGCGGAUCCGUACAGAUUCGAGGGUCCAGAUGCUAUCAAAUCUACCAUCCUGGAACGUGGUCGAAGACGCCGAGCAGAUCUGGAGCAGGAAAUGAAGUGGAACCCGGGACUACGGUUUUUUACGGAAAGACGGGACACAUGGACUGGAGCAAAAAUACGAAGGAGCGUAGUGCAGCGACGGCGACGACGAGCGUCUGCCAACCUUCAGUCCUCCUCAUUGUCACCAAAAGAAGGAGACGAGGUUACAACACCAUCUCUCAGCCGAAAUGCGGAGGGUAACAGUAACGUCGAUGUUAGAGCAAAUUUUAACUCGCUAGAAAAGUCUUCUUCGCCAGUACGGCUUUCGACCGAUUUGCUUGAAGAUCUGGCGCUAUCAGAAGAAAAGUCGAGAAAUACAACUACAACCACGGAAGAGAAGGAUGAUGCUCACUCUGACCGCUAUGAUUUGGAUGGAGAUGAUGCCGACAGUGACGAUAAUGAAAACUACGACUACGACUCUGAUGAUUCGAUGAUACCAGUGAUGGAGCCAUUUAUUGCUGAUUCCAACUAUGUAAGAUCAUCAAUAACACCGGCUAUAUAUGCGUCAUUGUACAGUAAGGUAAUAGUCCAAGGACUCACGCCUACAAUCCCCAUCAAUCUCUCUGAUAUUACAAGAACACUGGUGGCAGGAUGGAAAUCAGAUGGUCAAUGGCCACCCAAACCCACGGUUCCUCCACCAGGGUCAGACGUGCCGGUACGAAGGAAAGGCAAGGGUCAGUUCUCAUCAAAGAAUGACAAUGUUACGGUCGAUGGUGUUGUAAGUGGUGGGCUUCUUCCUCCUGCUGGUCGAAAGCCUAGUUUCAGUAAUCAGGCGACAAAUGCAGUCAAGAAGGUUUUGGCGUUGUCUUCUCAUUCUUUCCAUCUUCGUCGAUCGAGUCGUGAUUCCACGGAAGUCGCUUCUCCUACUUUACGGCGUACGUCAGCGGCAGAUGGUUCUGUAGCUGAUGCUCCGCUGGUGGAGGUGGAAACGAGGCAUCCUCAUGGGUUCAAAAAGCCUGCGUAG